CACUGGCGAUGUGGUGUGACCAAAUUCGUGCUCGCUCCGCGAGUCGCCGUCAAAAAACAAUUGUUAAAUUGCACAAGAAACUAAACAAAUAAUCGCGUAAAAUUACCGAAAACAUGUGCAGCGGCCGUUAGAAGCGUGCGGCAACUAAUCGAGCCAGUGAAAACGUGCAGGUGCGAGCGAGAAAACACGCGUACGCGUCACUGGCAACAACAACAAACACACAGUGCACCAACACUCGCAUAAACACGCACGCACACACACACGCGCGCACACAUGCAUAAACACCGACGCACAUGCAACAAAAAUAAAAUAAAAACAAAAGAGCAAGCGAAAUAAUAACAGAAAUAAAUUUGAUAAAUUCAAUUAGAAAUUAAGGCAGCUGCAAGUGUGCUAAGCAAAAAUAUGAAAUAGAGUCUUGCCCACUUAAGUGAACCAAAAGUAGAGAAACAGCAGAGUGCCCAAAAUAUCAAUAUAUAGAUUUGAUAUCCAAAAGUAACGAAAGUUAACUUAAAACCUAAAUGGUGGACAAUGGAUCAAAAAUAGCACGGGAAAUUAAUAAAUACGAAAUUCAAACAAAAUUAAAUCAAAAUAAAUAAAGUCGCUUCUGACCAAUAAGAUAACCAAAACUAGCCCAUAACUUUUAAAUUAUGUGGUUUUAAUUUUGUGCACUUCCUGCAAACCCCCACCUCCUCGCCUAUUUUCCCGCUGAUUAACAAAUCUCGCGUUUUUCCCCCUAUCAGCUGACAUACGCAUACAAAGCCCGCCCAGUUGCCACCCCCUUUACUUCUUGCACCUGUAAAGAACAGGUGACUAAUGCACUGCUCGCGAAGUUUGUCAGCUGCUGGCGCCGUGGAUGCAACAACAACAAAACUAACCACAUCCACAUCGGCAACAACAACAUCUGCUUUCUACAGAGCAGCGACGUCGGCAGAGGCCUCUGCCUGCACAACACCAGCAACAACAAAAUCAAAAACUAAAACUAUGGCCACCACCACAACAACAACAACAACGGGGGCAACAAAUGCUAAAGAUGGCGUCACAAUGCGCGAGAAAAAGGGAGGAGCCCUUCAGAAGCUCAAGAAGAGACUUUCGCACAGCUUCGGCAGAUUAACAAUUUCCCGCGAAGAUGGCGACGAGUCGACACACCACCAUCACCACCACCAUCAUCAUCGCGGUGGACAUGGCGGGCACCACAACCACGGUAACAAAGUUCCAUACAACGGCUACAAUUCGGAGGAAUACUUGGACCGACUCGAACCGAAUGGCAAUAUACCCGCUGACAAGACAAAUUGCAGAUAUGGAGACUGGCGCAGCACGGACAGCACCGACCACCACGAUCGCGUCCAGAGACAGCUUUCCGUGUCCUCCGACAGCAAGUUGCUCGACGAGGACAUCCGCGAGGAGAUGAAGUACCACUCGCACGUGGUCAUGCGUCCCAAGAAGCCGCCCAGACCCAAGUCCGAGGUCUUUCUGAACAAACAGGAAACGCAUCCGCGCCGGAAACGAUUCAGUGCAUUUGGUGGCGACUCCCCAUUUGGCAAGCAGGAGGCCUAUGUUAAACUCGAGCCGCUGGGCGAAGGGUCCUAUGCGACGGUCUACAAAGGAUUUAGCAAAUUAACCUACCAGCGGGUGGCGCUGAAGGAGAUUCGCCUGCAGGAGGAGGAGGGAGCACCCUUCACCGCGAUUCGCGAGGCCUCGCUGCUGAAAGAACUGAAACACAGCAACAUCGUCACGCUGCACGACAUUGUCCACACGCGCGAGACGCUGACCUUUGUCUUUGAAUAUGUGAAUACGGAUCUGUCGCAAUACAUGGAGAAGCAUCCGGGCGGCCUGGACCAUCGCAACGUGCGCCUGUUCCUCUUCCAGCUGCUCCGUGGACUCUCCUACUGCCACAAGCGGCGUGUCCUCCAUCGGGAUGUCAAGCCGCAGAACCUGCUCAUUAGCGACUGCGGCGAACUGAAGUUGGCCGACUUCGGACUGGCCAGGGCCAAGAGCGUGCCCAGCCACACCUACUCCCACGAGGUGGUCACGUUAUGGUACCGCCCUCCAGAUGUCCUGCUGGGCAGCACGGAGUACUCGACCUCGCUGGACAUGUGGGGCGUGGGCUGCAUCUUCGUGGAGAUGGUGACCGGGAUGCCGACGUUUCCGGGCAUACGUGAUACCUACGAUCAGCUGGACAAGAUAUUCAAAUUGCUGGGCACGCCCACCGAGGACACGUGGCCGGGGGUCACCCACUUUCCCGGCUACAAGCCACACAAGCUGGGUUUCUAUCGACCGCGGAAACUGGGUCACAACUUCCCACGGCUAUACGACAUCAUCGAAGGCGAGACGAUAGCUAACGGCUUCCUGCAACUGAAUCCGGAGCAGCGUUUGGGCGCCGAUGAUGCACUGCAGCAUCCGUACUUUGCGCAGUUGCCAAAGAAACUCUACGAAUUGCCAGACGAAACCUCAAUUUUCACCGUGGAAGGCGUGCAGCUUUACACGGAGCCAAAUCGACAGAAUAAAUGAAAAUUAAAGCAAGUCCUCUCUGUGGAUGGCGUACGUUUCUACUGUUAGGAUCCCAAUCACCCAAUCAACAUCCUCCUGGACUAUCAAUCUGUCAAUCAACCUAUCGCAUCAUCCAGCAAUCGACAGCCAUAUAUAAUGCAAGAGGAACUUCUCGCCCGCGCAGAAGUUUUGUACUAUAAUUCUAUGAUACUUUUUAGUUAUUAGUUCGAUUUCGCAGUGAGUUAGCUGAGGGAGUUUAGCAGAAGACACGGCACCAACGGCAGCAUUUUAAUUUCAGUCAAAUUGCUUAAUGUUAGCUUAGAUUUCAUUAGAUUUCUCGCCAUCCUGCAGCCGCGUCGAAAAGGAUACUCAGUUUAGUCAAAGCGCAGACACGUUUUUCUGUAUUCUUUUGUAAGCUAACAAAAAUGUACAUUUAAUGGUAGCUUUUAGUGAGUGAAUUGCCUCUGUGGAUUACGCAAUAUUUUCAUCAUCAUGUUUGAUAUGCUCGUGUGUAUUUCGUUUACAUUUUUUCCUUUAGUUUUUAUUCGAUAUUUUCAACGCGAAUGUUCGACUGCAGAGUGUUUAUUAAAAUUGCAAAUAUAAAUUCAAUUGGUUACUGCUUUAAUAGAGUGCAAUUAAUAAAAAUUAAUGAAUAAACGGCAACGCGCCUAAAAAAACGAAACAAUUAAUCAAAUAAUGAUGUGCUCAAAAAAUGUAUGAUUAUUUCCAAGCAAUUACUCAACUUAAAAUUAUCGACUUUUUCAUAUUAAGACUUAUUUAGUUCUGCUCACAGCUCCUUUAAUUUGUUGGAUUGCAUGAUUUUGUAACGUUUCCUUUGUCAUUAUAAAAUAUAUCAGUUCGCCGCGCUGUUUAAGUGAUAAUUUUAUAACUGUUAAAUGAAUUUAUGUAAAAAGCAAGUAAAUCAAUUUUUAACGAUAUGUAAAACAAUAAAUUUAAACCAUUUAUACCAUUUAUGUUUGCUGAU